AUGCCAUCGCCGGCGCCGCCGUUCGGACCAUUAGUAGAGACAAUCGACAUCACGGAGUUGUCGAAGCCAGCUAUGCAGUUCGAAGCCUCCGCUCGGGUUACCGACUGCAAGCUUGUAGCGUCGUACAACUGGCUCGACAGGGCGGCACCAUCGGUCUUGAUCCCAGGUGCGCCGCCCAAAUGGACGCCUCUUCUAGAGCGUCGGAGACUCCUAGAAGACAGCGGUGUCUACUACCGCGACAAGAACGCUGCCCGGUACCCGGCCCAUCCGAUGGAGCCGGCCGCUCAGGCUACCCUGACGAUGCAUCCGGAGCCCUUGACAAAGCCGGUGGACAUUGUCGCCUGCGGGAGCACCAUCGGAAAUCUACUCCGGUUCGUUCGGGGCGACGAGCGGCCUUUCCGAAUGCUCGUGGAGGUAGUCGCUGGCGCCGUGCACUUGAUCCGGAGAGAAAACUCGCCCACAGAGACGAUCCCCAGCGUCAGAGGUUUCGGCCACACGUUCCCUGAAGCCUACACCACCUGGGACGCUAGUGCCCGCGGGUCGGCAUCGCAUCAGCGUGUCCUUCGGUAUGACUUUGGCGGUCUCAGCUGCAUUGUCCGGCACGAAGGUGACGGCUACCUCCAGGACAAAGUCGGGCCGUCGUCGAACGCAGCUCGCCCAGUUGGCCAUGAGAAGGGCUCUGUUGACGCGCUGAUUGAAGGCUUGGGCGCCAGUGAGGUGAACUCCAAGAUUCCCAGGCAGUCGUCUCAGCUGCGCCUGCAGUCCGGCGGGUUCCAAGUACCCCAGUCAGCCGUGUUCGACCUCAAGACCCGGUCUAUGUUCCGCAAGGGCAAAGACUUCCUUGCAGAGGAGCUUCCUCGGCUGUGGGUGGCACAGACCCCCAACUUCAUCCUGGCGUACCACGAGCGGGGUGUCUUCACCGAGAUCGAUGUCAUGGAUGCGUCCGAGGAGGUCAAGACGUGGGAGAAGUCGAUGAACCGGGAGCUUUCCCAGCUGGCGGCGCUCUUGCACCGCAUCGUUGGGCUUGCUCGUGCGAGCCAAGGUGGACGACUCGAACUCAGGCGACAGGCGCUCUCGACGCUCGAUGUUCGGGAGCAAUGCCCCGGGCUGUCUCCCGCCUUCUCAGUCGACGUGAUGGCCAGGUGGAAAGCCUGGCUGGCUUCGGAUGUCAAGAGCGAAGUGAGCGAUGAUGGCGACAAACAGAAAGAGGAGGAAGACGAGUUCUCAUGGAGCGUUGGAGAUGACAAUUAUACUGCGUGCUCGGAGGAGUGUUCCUACUGCGGCAAAUGCACGUACUAG